AUGAUGCAUUCUCCGUCACCAACCAACUUUCCUCGCAAACGAGGCCAUCGAGAUCAACCUAGUCGUCAUGAUCUGCCUCAAGCACAGUAUGGAGCUGAAUAUGGGUCUGGAUAUUCGCAACAGCCAUUCAUUGAUGGUCGGUAUAUAAAUCCAACCCAAUCUCCUAUGUUUGCGUCUAGAGAGCUUGCCCCGCAGAGGGAGGGCUCUAUCAUCAGCAAUUUAUCAAAUUCUUCAAGUAGCUCGCAGCAGCCACCUGACAACUCAAAACUGCCACGAGCCACUUUGGAACAGAAAAUUCAGGCUCUGGAUUGGUUCCAUGCAUGCGAUGGUAAGUCUCAACAGCACACUGUCAACUAUUUCCGGGAUUUGGGGCAGUUUGCGAUAACUAAAAGUACUCUCAACAGAUGGGUAUUAAAUGAGGCUCAGCUUCGGGAGGCAUUCAAGAACUUAACUUUGAAUAACAGCAAAGUGUACAAAACCAGGCCUAGGUUCAAAGACCCUGAAGUCAACAGGUGUCUGGAGAUUUUGUACGAGCAGUCGUGCUUCGAAAAUGAACCCAUUACUGAACGAAAACUUACAGCCAGAUGGACACAUUUCUACAAACUAUAUCAUCAAAUACCGGCCGAGUCAGGAGAUAAGUUGCUUCCCAAGUCCAACGGGUGGUUGCACCAUUUUAAAAAGAAGAACUCUGUGAAAAGAGAGCUAGCAAGAAAAUUCUACGAUGAUGCAGAGCUCUUUAAAUUAAGGGCACUGGAUGAAGAGCAGGAAAGACUCCGUCAGAUUUUAGGGCCUUAUCGCCCAGAUCAGAUCUAUGAGGUUGACGAGGUGAGCUUCAACGCGAAGCCUUCCUUUCUUUCUCUCAAUUCCUCGGACAAUGUCCCUGCAACAGAUAAGGUGACUGUUUCUUUGCUGGCUAAUGCUGACGGAUCCUCGACGUUUGAUCCAUUGGUUGUUUCAAGCACAAGCACGCUCAAAGACUCUCAGAUUCACAACUUGUGCUACCAGAAGAACGGUCUUCUGACAGCUGAGAUAUUUUACAAGUAUAUCAGCUUCAUCGAUUCCCAAUUGACCACAGAAGCGGUCUUGUUACUCGAUCAUUUGCAUUCCCAUAUCAUUCCUACAGACAACUUCAAACACAUCCGUUUGGUGUACUAUUCACCUAACAUAGCCGAACCACGCUACACCUAUAGGCCUUUAGACUUUGGUCUCAAGAGAAUGUUCAAAAUGCUUGUCAAAUGCAUUUACUUGCUGCAAUUCAGACCACAUGUUCAUAAGAUGGACAUAAUUGCAGCAAUCGGCCACGCCGUCAGCGUCCUUCGUUCCCAUCAUUACACAGUGUCGAGCUUCUAUCGCAGUCAGCUGAUCUCGCAGUUGGAAAUGGGAUCAGACGCUGUUUGUAAUGACAGUGCCAAGGAGGACGAUCUGAUGAAGAUGCUAUCUGACUAUCGAUCCAGAAACCUGAUUUCUAGGGUGUUCAAUCGUCGUUGUUUACAGAAUACCGGCGAGGAGCUGGACCUCGAGGAGCUGUUGUUUCCUCCUGAUGAGGAAGUUGACGAUGUGCAUUUUGAAGACGAAGAGAUUGUCAACUUUGUCAGGAGAGAGUUCUCCGAGGUUGCAGACGAAUCUGAGCCCGAAGCAGGUUUGGCACAAUCCGCAACGAUAAGAAAACAAUACAGUGGUAGCCACACGAACUGGUUUUCCUUGCCAGAUGGAGAAACUCGAGAGCCUGUUGACGGGUUCAGAAUGUUCUACUCCAACUCCGAGAAUGCUGCCAAGUUCCCUGAUAUGACAGAGCAGUACUACUACAAGUAUUUUUCUGCGGAUUUCCCAGACGGUACAAAAAGACGCAGAUUGGGCUCCCUGGAAAUUGAUGGGCACAUUCUCACAGCAGACAUAGAAAAACAGUACACAUAA